UGAAAUGAUAUUUUUAAAUGUUUAUACUUAAAUUUCUAGCUAGCUUUGCAAUCUAAAUAUUUUAGGAGGCUGUUCGAUCCUGCACUUUAAUUGCAGCCUUUCAAAUAUGUCCAUAUUUUUUAUCAUUCAUGUUGCUUAAUUUUAGUUUUCAUAAUUAAGCUAGAAGAGUAACAAAUGUCAUCACAUAAAUUGAUACUAUGAGAUGGUUAGUCAAUCUCGAUAUUAAUGGUACCUGUUUGCAUUAUUUACAGGACUUGAUACAUCCAGGAGAAUAUAUAUGGAUACUUUUUCCCAUGUUCCUCCAGGUUUUCGAUUCCAUCCUACCGAUGAAGAACUUGUGAAUUACUAUCUUAGAAAAAAGAUGGCUUCAAAAAAGAUCGACCUUGAUGUAAUAAAAGAUGUUGAUUUGUACAGAAUUGAGCCAUGGGAUCUUCAAGAAAAAUGUAGGAUAGGAGCAGAAGAGCAGCAUGAAUGGUACUUUUUCAGUCACAAAGACAAGAAGUAUCCAACUGGUACUCGCACUAAUAGAGCAACAGCAGCAGGAUUUUGGAAAGCCACUGGAAGAGACAAGCCAAUUUACUCGAAGCACAACCUGAUUGGCAUGAGGAAGACCUUAGUAUUUUAUCAAGGCCGAGCGCCAAAUGGGCAAAAGUCAGACUGGAUCAUGCAUGAGUAUCGGCUUGAAACUAAUGAAAAUGCACCUCCUCAGGAAGAGGGUUGGGUUGUCUGCAGGGUGUUCAAGAAGCGAAUGCCGACAGUAAGGAGGGCAAGUGAACUUGAAUCUCCUUGUUGGUAUGAUGAUCAAGUCUCCAUCAUGCAAGACCAACUUGAUUUCCCGAAUAGGAUUGCAAUCCAGCCCAACAUGACAUACCACCAGCAUCUUCAAUCUUACAAGGGAGAGACAAAGAUGCACUACCACUUACCACAUGAACCUUUCCACCAGCUCCCUCAAUUAGAGAGCCCUAAACUUCCUAACUACAUCAACCAUGGAAGUUCCUUCCAAUGCUUUACUACUUCAGAGGACAAAACAGUACAGCCCAGCCACCAACUUCAGAUGAUCACAUUUUAUAAUAGUGGCGGAGACAUAGAUCAAGCAGUUGAGCAAGUGACAGAUUGGAGAGUUCUUGACAAGUUUGUUGCUUCUCAGCUUAGCCAUGAUGUAUCAAAAGGACCUGAAUAUUCAGAUGCAGCUGAAAUUCUUCAAGUUUCUGAUAAACAAGAAGUGGCUGUGGAAUAUGCUUCAACAUCCACCUCAAGCUGCCAAAUAGAUCUAUUGAAGUGAAGCAAUAAUAUAAUGGUAGAAGAA